AUGGUGAAUUGGAUCAAUCGAGCUCGAUUGCUUCUUAUUGACAUUCUUCGUAGGGAACACCUACAAAUACUAUACAUGUGGUUUAAUGUUUAUAAUGGUGUUUAUGAUCAGCUGACUUCGUCAAUGAACACAUUAAUGUGUUUGGAACUAUUGGGUGCUGCACCGGAAAAUCGCGAAGAUAUUGAUCCGUGCACAACAUUAGGCAAUCUCAUCUCGUCUUUUGAGAUUAGCAUACCACACCCAACAUCAUUGAAAUCUCCAUCUGAUCCUACAUUUAAUGUUAUUGGUUUAGCAGAAAAAGUUUUCGACUUCAGUCGGGACUGUGCAGCAGCAAAGCUGAUGGAUGGUACACCAACCAUAUUAUUGAAUCAUCAACUUUUUGACGUGAAUCGAGAAAAACAAGAUAGCAUGGAUAUAAUUUGCGAAUCUACUGGAAUCUUAUUCAUCGCCGUCGUAUUAGCACAUGAGAUUACCCAUGGAAUUAAUUUAUCUCGAUUGAUCGAUGACGUUGAUGCCAUUGAAAAGAACACACCCAAACUCAUGCUGUUUCGUUCUUACUCGCAUAAUGGUAAUAUUAAUGGUGGUAACCUAGUCGAACGCUUACUGUUAGACGGCGAGCUACAUUUAAGUAGGCCGCCGCCAACUCCUCCAAUGUUAUUUUUAAUCGUGUCUGCCGAUGGCACACAAGUACCACUACCGAAAGACGUUGUCGACGAAUGCAUAAGCAAGCGUACGUUUGGGCCGAUCAGCAAAUUGAUUAACUCGUCGCAACAUAAUAAUGGUCAACAGUUGAUGAGUACUGAUUCUCGAGAAGAAUCAGCUGAUAAAUUACCAGCCUUAGAACCGUUACUUACCUUUCAAUUAUUACCUUAUGAUUCUGCUUCACCGUCAUCUCCCACUAUUCCUAUGUUAACAUCGAUGAUGCAUGCUCGAUGA